CCUCCGCUUUACUGUCCCUUCACUCCGCAUGGCUUAAAGCGACACCAAACGCAUGAGAAAAGUAUCGCUCUGUUUAGUGUUUACCAAACUCUCAAGAACUUCUUGAUCACUCUCUUGAAUGCUUUGCUUCUCCUUUCCUCUUUCUCUGAUCAUCAAUGGCGACCCAAUUCAGUCACUGUUCCUCCGCUUCUUCACCCGCCUUUUCAGCCUCUCCAUUGAAGAAUGAGACGUGUAUGUGCCCAAGAUUCAUUGUUGCCCCCAAAAGAACCAGUUUUCCCAGAUGGGUAUCCCUGGUUUUUCCGGGAAAACAUCCGAGAAAGGAUUUUGAGGUCAAGUCCUCAAAUUGGCUUCUCCGAACUCUGUUCCUGUGCAGGAUGGUUUACCUGGAAAUUCAGUGCCUGGAGAAAAUAACGAGUCAAUAAUGACAGAGAGCUCCAGUCCCUUCUCAGAAUCAGGAAAGACUGAGUCUACUCUUACAAUAACAGUUGUCGGAGCUUCUGGAGACCUUGCCAAGAAGAAGAUUUUCCCAGCACUUUUUGCUCUUUACUAUGAUGAUUUUCUACCUGAGAAUUUUACGAUUUUUGGCUAUGCUCGGACUAAAAUGACUGAUGAGGAGCUGAGGAAAAUGAUUAGCGAAACCUUGACUUGUAGGAUUGAUAAGAGUGAAAAUUGUGGCGACAAAAUGGAUCACUUCCUAAAAAGAUGCUUUUACCAUUCUGGUUUGUAUAACUCUGAGGAGGACUUUUCAGGGUUGGACCAAAAACUGCAGAUUAAAGAGGGUGGAAGACUGUCAAAUAGGCUGUUUUACUUGUCGAUACCGCCAAAUAUAUUUGUUGAUGUUGUGAGAUGUGCCAGCACUAAAGCUUCUUCAAAGAGUGGGUGGACGAGGGUCAUUGUUGAAAAGCCAUUUGGUCGCGAUGCAGAGUCAUCUAGGGCGCUGAUUAAAUGUCUAAAGCGUUAUCUUAAUGAGGACCAAAUAUUCAGGAUUGACCACUACUUGGGAAAAGAGCUUGUUGAGAACCUAUCAGUUCUUCGUUUCUCAAAUCUUGUUUUUGGGCCUCUAUGGUCGAGGGAUUACAUCCGUAACGUCCAGCUAAUAUUCUCUGAAGAUUUUGGCACAGAAGGGCGAGGGGGUUACUUUGAUAACUAUGGAAUCAUUCGAGAUAUAAUGCAAAACCAUCUUCUGCAAAUAUUAGCACUAUUUGCAAUGGAAACUCCUGUAAGCUUGGAUGCAGAGGACAUUAGGAAUGAAAAGGUCAAAGUUUUGAGGUCAAUGAGACCGCUGCAACUUGAAGAUGUAGUGAUAGGCCAAUAUAAAGGCCAUAGCAAUGGUGGAAAGACAUAUCCUGGGUAUACCGAUGAUCCAAAGGUGUCAAAGAACAGUCUAACUCCAACAUUUGCUGCAGCAGCACUCUUUAUUAAUAAUGCCCGUUGGGAUGGGGUUCCUUUCCUGAUGAAAGCAGGCAAAGCUCUCAAUGCACGAAGAACGCAGAUCAGAGUUCAGUUCAGACAUGUCCCGGGCAAUUUGUACAGGAAUUUUGGAACUGAUUUGGAUAAGGCUACAAAUGAGCUAGUGCUUCAUGUUCAACCGGAUGAAGCCAUAUAUCUGAAGAUCAACAACAAAGUCCCCGGUCUUGGAAUGAGACUGGAUCGUAGUGACCUCAAUUUGCUUUACAGUGCAAGGUAUUCAAGAGAAAUACCAGAUGCGUACGAGAGGCUGCUCUUGGAUGCAAUAGGAGGAGAGCGAAGACUGUUCAUUAGAAGUGAUGAGCUAGAUGCUGCUUGGGCUCUAUUCACACCAUUGUUGAAAGAACUAGAAGAAGAAAAGAUUGCUCCAGAGCUCUACCCAUAUGGUAGCAGAGGACCAGUUGGAGCACACUAUCUUGCCGCAAAGCACAAUGUGCGAUGGGGAGAUUUUACUGAGGACUAAUGAUUAGUGAAAUUUUUCAAGGACUUUUACAGGUACUUCUUCUAAAUGUUAGGUGAUUUAAAGCUUGAUUUUUCAAUGUGUGUUGUGGAUUGUCCUUUGGAUAAUGUUACCGAGGUGUAUAGAAAUAAGGUUUGAUGUAUAGGGGAUCUUUGCCAUAUUAAAACUUGGCAAGUUCAAUUUGGACAUUAGGCUCCAUUGUUCAAUGUAUAAACAAUGUGAAAUGAAAUAAUCAAUCAGCUAAUGGACUAUUGGUCCUUGUGGGAA